ACCACUGACGCAUGCUGUCACGUGACCCAAUGUUUUGUUUCUUUGCAGUGUGGCGAAUAAAAACCCGUUUCUGAGUGUGGAAACGUGUCAAAUUAGCUAUUUUUUAUCGGAUAUUUAUUAUUUAUUGAAUAUGUUUUACUGUCCAGACUAACUAGUCCCCAACAUUAAUAAUUAGGGCGUAUUCAGGAUAAGUGUAAGCAGAAGGUCAGGAUAAUAGCGUGGAUCAUGGCGGCAGUUGACAGCUUUCAGUUUUUGUACAGGGAAAUUUCUCGGUCAUGCGGCUCUUACUUUGAGACCCUGGCCCUGGUCGGAGCUCUGUACACCGCCAGCAGGGCAGUAAUCCUGCUGAGUGACUGCUGCACCUUGGUUAGGGUGCAUUUUCUACCCAGAAUGCUCCCAAGUAGGAAGCUGACCCAAAGAUAUGGUGACUGGGCUGUAAUUUAUGGAGCAUCUGAGCCUGUAGCCAGUGCAUAUGCAGAGGAGCUAGCCAGCCACGGCAUCAGCAUUAUCUUCAUCACUCAGGACAACACCUCUGUUAGGGACACCGCUGCAUCCCUCUCCCAGAUCUACGGGGUGGAAACCUCUGUUGUGAUAGCCGACUUUUCCCUGGGACAAGCAGCGAGCAAACCCAUCAAAGAAGCCUUGAGGGGUAAAGAUAUUGGCUUCCUGGUGAACUGCGUGGAUGAGACAUUGGCCUCCCCUCAGAGCCUGAUUGAAAUGCCUGAGCAGGACCUGUUGGAUCAGGUGAAUAAGAACGUCACAGUUGCUACUCUGAUGACCAGAUUGGUGCUGCCGGGGAUGGUGGAGCGCAGCAGAGGGGCUGUGGUCAAUAUAUCCUCAAGUGCCUGCUGUAGACCCCUGCGUGGAAGAGUGGCACUCACGGCAUUCACCGGAUAUCUAGAUAAUUUCUCAAAAGCGCUUCAUCUUGAGUACAGUGACAAAGGGAUCUUCAUCCAGAGUCUGAUUCCUUUCCAGAUAGCUUCAGGCGGACGGCAGCCAUCUUCACGUCCACUGUCACAACGAGAAGGUUGGUUUGUUCCAAAGCCUGAGGUUUACGCUCGCCACGCAAUUUCCACACUGGGCGUCUCUAACAGAACCACCGGCUACUGGCCUCACACGCUCCAGUACGGAAUGAUGAGGUGCGUUCCCGAGUGGAUUUGGAUCCUCGGAUCACGGAUGUUCGUCAGCGCAGCUUAAGAGCUUACAAGUCUGGUUCUCUAUCUUGUUACACGACUAAUAUUGAGGUUCACUUGCUUCUGAUGUUGUUUGAAUUUGCUAAAACUGUCAAGUUUUGUUAAAGAAACAGAACAAAUUAGCCACAAAUUCCUGUUCAAACUGGAUGUAAAACUGUUUUUGUGAACAACAAAGAGCAGGUCAGUCAUCACUGUAGGAGAUAAUUAUAAUAAUAAUAAUAAUAAUAAUAAUAAUACCACUAUAAAACACUCUGCUUGAUGUGUGGACACAUUUGAUCCGCUUUGAUUUAAUUUGCAAGCACAGACUAAUUAAGUAUUAUGCUUUUGUUUUCAUUACAUUCAUGUGAUAAAGCUGCAUUACCUUUAUUUUUUUUAUUUUGACAAACAGAAAAACUUGAAAGAUGAGCAGACACUUAAAAAGAUCCUAAAUCUGACGACUUUCUUGCACCAUUAUUAUGUCUGCAGCUUAUCUGGCAUUCCUUCAUAAUAAGAGACUCGUGCGUGUUCCAAUGGAGGUUAAGCUUUAAAACUAGGAGGACGGUAUUCAUGAUGCAGGACGAAGCUUUGGAUGUUUGAAGUACAGCGAGAGUUUGAUGCUGGAGAAUUUUGUUUUUGAAUAAAUAAUGAAAGAUUUUGAUGCUUUUAUUUUGUUGAGACGUGUGGAUUUUGUGAGAGAAAAUAAUGAAAUUAUCAACCGUUUGACCUGAUUUUGGUUUUGGAUCAAUAA